AGACACCAACAUCAAAAGAGAACAUUCAAUCGCACAAUACGCUAUCAGUUUUAGAUCUCAAUAUCCGCUGGUUACUACCAUUUCAUCUUGCGAUGGCUCCCUCAGCUUCAAAUCCAGGGUCGAAACCCGAAGUACCGCCCCUUGAACCCGUAGACGCCCAAUCUGCUAUGGACAGAGUGAGAGCCAUAGUCUUCUCGCUCGCAAAAGAGGAAGACCAAGCCACAGCAUCGGUAACUCACACCUGGCCUCAUAACCAAGAAUAUAAAAUCUGAGACCCGUUAGACACCAGAAAAGGGAUGGGGAGUGAGGUUGGUGAGCGCCAUGGAGCUCCUUGAGGCGUCAGCGCAACCUGUAGGAAGGUCGGUAUUCAGAUUUACAGUAAAGCCGGAACAUUGCAAUGGAUUAAACAACCUACACGGAGGCUGUACUGCUACGAUCUUCGACGUGAGUUCUCAAGACAAGAUAGUCAGAUGCAGAAGAAGCAAUGCGCUAAUGAUUGUAUAUAGUGGUUGACUACCUCCGCCCUCGGUCCGAUUGCGCGUCCUGGAUAUUGGCUAUACGCGGGCGUUUCGAGGACUUUAAAUGUUACCUAUCUGCGACCGGUACCUGUUGGAACGACAGUAAUAAUUGAUAGUACGGUGGUACACGCGGGAAAGCGGUUGUGUACCCUCGCGUCAACGAUGAAGCGGGAAAGUGAUGGAGCGCUUCUGGCCAUAUGUGAACAUGGGAAGGUGAGUAUUGAUCCUGAGGUUACGAAAAUAUGA